UUCCUCUCCGGGCUGGAGGACGGUAACCGGGCUGUUUUUACGCAGGGCCCGUUAACGAACGCCGUGAAACUUAUUCCACAGCGUUUUUCUGACAGGCAGGUUGGAGGCGGCGGCGUGGUGACAGUUUGGUCGCUUCACCUCCGCUGCAGAAACCGGCUUCUUCUCGCACGUUCAGUAGGGGAGGACGGGCGCUGGUGCCCCAGAGAGGCAGGAAGACGGAGGACGACUUCUUUCUGUUUUAUCAGCAGCAGGGGACGGGCGGAGAGAGGCGAAAGAUGCCCAAACCGCUCAAUGUGCGCGUCACCACCAUGCAUGCCGAGCUGGAGUUUUCCAUCCUGCCCAGCACGAUGGGAAAACAGCUCUUUGACCAGGUGGUGAAGACAGUCGGUCUGAGAGAGAUCUGGUUCUUCGGCCUGCAGUACACAGACAGUAAAGGCUACGUGACGUGGCUCAAACUCAAUAAAAAGGUGACGCAGCAGGAUGUGAAGAAGGACAGUCUUCUGCAGUUCAAGUUCAGAGCAAAGUUCUUUCCAGAGGAUGUUUCUGAGGAGCUCAUCCAGGAGAUUACACAGAAACUCUUCUUCCUGCAGGUGAAGGAGGACAUUCUGAAUGAUGAGAACUACUGUCCUCCAGAGACGGCCGUGCUGCUCGCCUCCUACGCCGUCCAGGCCAAUUACGGCGAUUACAACAAAGACACUCACAAACCUGGAUACCUGGCGUCCGACCGGCUGCUGCCACAGAGAGUUCUGGAGCAACACAAGCUGACAAAGGAGCAGUGGGAGGACAGAAUACAGACCUGGCAUGAGGAGCACAGAGGGAUGCUCAGGGAGGAUGCGAUGAUGGAGUAUCUGAAGAUCGCUCAGGACCUGGAGAUGUACGGCGUCAACUACUUUGAAAUCAAAAACAAGAAGGGCACAGAGCUGUGGCUGGGGGUCGACGCCUUGGGCCUCAACAUCUACGAGCACGAAGACAAGUUGUCGCCAAAGAUCGGCUUCCCCUGGAGCGAGAUCAAGAACAUUUCCUUCACCGACAAGAAGUUUGUCAUCAAGCCCAUCGACAAGAAAGCUCCAGACUUUGUGUUUCUGGCCCCGCGGCUGCUGAUCAACAAGCGCAUCCUGGCCUUGUGUAUGGGAAACCAUGAGCUGUACAUGAGGAGGAGGAAACCCGACAGCAUCGAGGUGCAGCAGAUGAAGGCUCAGGCCCGAGAGGAGAAGCAGCACAAGCAGAUGGAGAGAGCUCAGCUGGAGAAUGAGAAGAAGAAACGCGAACAUGCGGAGAAGGAGAAAGAACGAAUAGAACGAGAGAAAGACGAGCUGAUCGAGAGGCUGAGACAGAUCGAAGAACAGACGCAAAGAGCUCAGAAAGAGCUGGAGGAACAGACUCGUAAGGCUCUGGAGUUGGAGCAGGAAAGGAAGCGAGCGAAGGAGGAAGCCGAGCGGCUGGAGAAGGAGAGGCAGGCGGCUGAGGAGGCCAAAGCAGCGCUGGCUCAGCAGGCCGCCGACCAGAUGAAGAACCAGGAACAACUGGCUGCUGAGUUAGCGGAGUUCACUGCCAGAAUUGCUCUUCUUGAGGAGGCAAAGAGGAAAAAAGAAGAGGAAGCAACAGAGUGGCAACACAAAGCUCUCUCAGCACAAGACGACCUGGAGAAAACUCGAGAGGAGUUGAAGACGGCCAUCAUGUCUCCGCCGGCCCCGGAACACGACGAGCAGGACGAAACCAACGCCGAGGCGAGCGCAGAGCUCCUCAGCGACGGCGUCACCAGCCACCGCAGCGAAGAGGAACGCAUCACCGAGGCCCAGAAGAACGAACGUGUCAAGAAACAGCUGCAGGCUCUGAGUUCAGAGUUAGCUGACGCUCGGGACGACACCAAGAAAACCCAGAAUGACAUGCUUCACGCCGAGAACGUCAGAGCAGGCAGAGACAAGUACAAAACCCUGCGCCAGAUCCGCCAGGGAAACACCAAGCAGCGGGUUGACGAGUUUGAGUCCAUGUGAGCCAGAACAAAGGCCGCACAGAGAACAGUCUCAUCUCCACGUCAACGCCUCACUUCCUGUGUGAAGCCCAGAAUCUGCUGCCGCUCCAGGACCUCCUGCUUCUGUUUUCUAUCCAGGAGAAAGACCAGCUAUCGGGCUUCGUAGCUGCAGCCUCGCCAAAGCUCUGCCUGGAAGUGGUCGGCCAGUCGCACUGCUUUUUAGAGCUCCAAUAUCUUCCCAAUGAAGCACAUGUCUUUUAAACAGAAAAACAAAGCAAGCUCCUCCCUUGUACAUUACUGGCAGUUCUAACGCUUGCAUGUAUUAUAAUUAAACAAUACCAGUACCUUUAGACUGGACAGAAUUGGUUGAUUUUGUGCUUUUAAACAGAAUAAAAAGGCCAUUUGUAGCUGUAGCUUGUUGAUGUUGUCGACACGCUUUAAUAUCUGUAACUUAUGUCAUUAAUUAAUUUGUUUUGUUUUUUAAAUAACGCCUUAUUCGUCUUGUUUCUUUCCCUUCUAGUUUUGUCAUUCUGUUUUGGGACAGUUAAUGUUGCGUCAGCUAACUUUUCUCCUGGAACAGCUGUUUGGAAACGCUCACGUUGAGAGCAGUGAGCAGAUAUGCAAACUAGAUUUGCUUCUUUGACAUUCUUACUGUGCUGGCAUCUUCUGUCCAUCAAGACAUUUGUUUAAAUAUAUAUUUUGGCCCACAAUAAAGAAUGAAUUUAUAUUUCCAAA